CGCAUUGCGCAGGCGUUGUACAGACGAAACAACGGAAGAGGUCACUUCAGCAUGAGUAGCUAGGUGGACUACAGACCAUCGUUUUGAUUUCUACAGAAUUAGGCUACCUCUCUUUUUAACUUCUUAUCUGAAACGGCGGUACCAUUCUUUCUAUUUACACUUGGUUGCAACGUAGGCUACAGUAGGCUAAUUAUCGAGAGAAGCAACAUUGUAGCUGACAAGGCGGGCGCCAUCAGUGUAGCAUUUCUCAAUAGGAAAGGAUACAAUCGGCUGCCAAUAUAACAGAACAAUGCAACAUUUUUAAGCAAGAGUGAUACUUUUGUUUCCUGUAAUUUAAAGCAAAGAUGACAGCUCGCAACAGUGUAACACAUGGAAUACCCAACACUAAUGUCAGGUACUCCAAAUUAGCCAGUGAUGAUGACGGCUACAUUGACCUGCAGUUCAAAAAGAGCCCACCCAAGGUCCCAUACAAAGCCAUUGCACUGGCCACUGGCCUCUUCUUGAUUGGCUCUCUGUUAAUCACCAUUGGAGCCCUCCUAUUGGCAGGAUACUUUGAAGUCACACAUGCUGACCGGACUGUGCCUGUUCUCAUCAUUGGAAUCCUGGUUUUCCUUCCUGGAUUCUAUCACCUGCGGAUAGCUUACUAUGCAUCAAAGGGCUACCGUGGUUACUCCUAUGAUGAUAUACCAGAUUUUGAUGACUGAGCCACUCUUAACAGAGUCAUGUGUUAUUUUGAUAUAGUGUUGUUGAAUCCAGUAAUAAGACGGGGAUCUAGGUUAGUCCUAAAGCAGAUGUCCUUUCAUGUUUAUGUUAAUCAUAGAAUGUCUUAACUUUUUGUUCUUUGACUGAAUUACCACCAUAGUUCAUUAUGAUUGAUUACUAUAUUUAGUUUAGAUAUGUUUGUGUUAUUGUUUCUAACAAAGAACAUGUUUUUUAGUUGACGGAUCAAUUGGAAAUGUGUUUCUAGGAUGCAUUUUUUUUCAACAUAUAAAAGAGAAGGAUGUCAUUUCUGUGCUGAUAAAAUACUUAGCUGUGCUGUGAGGGAGGCAUGAGUUGAAUGUAUUGUCCAACUGUUAGUCCUGAUCACUGUAACCAUAAACAGAACCAUGAGUUUGAGACAUUAUGGCUGAACUUGAAA